AUUGAUGGAAAGAAACACAAGAAAUUACAAAGCUCGAUCAGGUAAUUAACAUUCUUUCAAGUUUUUUUAUGUUCUGUUUGAAGAUCUGAUCUAAUGGAGUUCGAUUCAUUGCCAGAAGAUUGUUUGUCCUACGUUAUAUCAUUGACGUCUCCUCGAGAUGCUUGUAGAUUGGCUUUGGUUUCUUCUUUCUUUCAAUCAGCUUCGGAAUCUGAUUCUGUGUGGGAGAAGUUUAUACCUUCUGAUUUUCUAGAAAUCCUCUCCAGAUCUGUAUUUUCAAUUCCAUUUUCUUCUAAGAAACAACUCUACUUCAAUCUCUGUAAUCCAGUUCUGCUCGACGGUGGCAAAAAGAUUUUCUGGCUAGAGAAAUCAACUUGCAGGAAAUGCUAUACUUUGUUAGCAAGAGAACUUUCGAUUACUUGGGGGAGCAAUCCAUUAUACUGGAGUUGGAAAUGUCUACCUCAGCAUUCUCAAUCAAGUUUCUUAGAAGUGGCAGAGCUCCGGACUAUCUGGUGGUUAGAAAUACAGGGGAAGAUCGCUGCUUCCAUGUUAUCUCCCAAGACGAAUUAUGCAGCUUAUCUGAUAGUGAAAUUUGCGGAACGUGCUUAUGGGCUUGAUACACUUCCAUCUGAGACAUCAAUCCAAACCAGUAGCAAUCAAUGGAAGAGAGGCAGAGCUCACCUACGUUUUGGUAAUGAACAGAAACGGUCAUUAGAGCAGCUUUAUUUUUUGCAUCGAAUUCAAGUAUUGAGGUCAUCAAGGGUUGGUAAAGAGGAAGAAGAGCAUGUUCCUCGUGAAAGAAGUGAUGGAUGGAUGGAGGUUGAGCUAGGGGAGUUUUUCAAUGAUGGGGUUGAUGGAGGAGAGGUGAAGAUGAGUUUGAAGGAAGUUAAGGGUCAUCACCUUAAAGGAGGACUAAUUGUCCAAGGAAUUGAGAUUCGGCCCAAAUUUUCUUCCACAGUUUUUUUAUCCUAAUAUUCAU